AUGUCUAACUUGUCGAAAAAGAAGAAGGCGCAUAAAGGCAGGAAAACCAAGCGACCAAUAACCCCCAAGUGGAAGCUUUUCAGGGCGAAGGAACCUUUUCUGAGUGUAUUCAUGUGGGGAAUAAAUCAUACGAUUACCGAACUGAGUCACGUUGUUCCCCCUCGGCUGUUGAUGCCCGGCGACUUCAAAGCGUUUUCAAAAGUGAAAGUAGACAAUCACUUUUUUAAUAAGGAUAACAUGUCUAGUCAUUUUAAAGUGAAAGAAUAUUGCCCAAACGUGUUCAGAAGCAUCAGAGAAAAGUUUGGCAUUGAAGACGUGGAUUAUUCGCGAUGCGAUCGAGAAUUGAACGCAAAGCAGUACGAUUCGAACGAAGUGUUCUUGGACCAGACGGACAUCUGUCAACUAUCACUGACGCGAACCCUUGACUAG